GGUGACUUCCUGUUCUGAGAAGCAGUUUUUUAAAAAGCCACGCGGAAGUGUCGAGGGGCACAGUCUUUGUUUGUACUUAUUUACACAGUUUGUGGGGGGGGGAUCUUUAGAAUUUUUUGUGGGGGAUUAGGACCUUUUUGGGGUGAAUUCAAGCAUGAGCAGAGGUUCGAAGGGAACCCAAGCGCAGGAGAACUGGCCCAGUUCUCUGCUCAGCAGCCAGGAAAAUGACAAGCUUUUCAACCUGCUGGGACGCAAAUGUGUGAGUCUCGCAUCCACAGUGGUUCAGCUCUGCAUGGCUCUGCCUAACAGCAGGGAUCGCUGGAGUCCACAGCACUGCGGAGUUGUGUGCUUUGUGAAGGACAACCCCAAGAGGUCGUACUUCAUCAGGCUCUACGACAUCACGGAGGGGACAUUGAUCUGGGAACAGGAAAUCUAUAACCAGUUUGAAUAUAACGCACGAUCCUCAUUCUUCCAUACCUUCAGUGGAGACGACUGCCAGAUAGGGCUGAACUUCGCAAGCGAAAAUGAAGCGGAAGCUUUCAGAGUGAAUGUGGAACAGAAGAUUCACCAACGAUCGAACCGACAGGAGAAAAGACAGAACCUCCCUCCUCCACCUGUUCCUGCUGAUGACAGAAGAGGUGGACUGCCCCCUCUCCCACCACCAAAUGGUAUCAGGUCCCCUACUUCAGUCCCAAUGCCCACCAUUGAUAUUCAGAACCCUGACAUUGUCACAUCCCGUUAUCGGUCAACCCCAACCCUGGCCCCCGCCAGCCUGCCUCUCGACAAGGGCAAGAAGAACAAGAAGAAGGCGGGCAAGAAAUUCAAGCUGAGUAAGGCUGACAUCGGAGCGCCCAGCAGCUUUGUGCAUGUGUCUCACGUUGGUUGGGAUCCCAAUACUGGAUUUGAUGUUAACAACAUGGACCCCGAUUUGAAGUGUUUCUUCUCCAAAGCUGGGAUCAGCGAUGCUCAGUUGGCGGAUGCAGACACUUCGAAACUGAUCCAUGAUUUUAUUGAGCAGUCAGGGGGGCUGGAGGCUGUCAAGGAGGAGAUGAGGAGACAAGAUCCUUACCCACCUGCCCCUCCGUCCCGUCGCCCGGGAGCAAGCCCUCUCAUGGAAGAACUUGGGGGGAGGGGGGGGCCCCCUCUAGGCCUGGGGGAGGUGGGGGAGGAGGCGGGGGCCCCCGUGGGUCCCAAUGGAGGGGAGGCAGGGUUACCUCCCCCUCCUCGCUCCGGAGCCCCCCCUCCCUCGACUGGAGGAAGAGGGGCCCUUUUAGAUCAGAUCAUUUCGGGCAAGAAGCUGAAAAGUGUACCAGACAGGCAGGACUCUGCUCCCUCUGACCAGGCAGAGAGCAGUGAAGGGCUGGUGGGGGCGCUAAUGAUGGUGAUGCAGAAGAGAAGCAAAGCCAUCCACUCUUCAGAUGAAGAAGAGGAAGAGAGAGGAGAGGACGAUGAUGAUGAUGACUGGGAUGACUGAUCACGCAGUUUCCUCAAAUUCGAUUCGAUUUUAAAAUUCAAAUUACGUUUUUUUUUUUUUAAAGCUGGUAGCACACUGUCAGAAAUCUUUUGAGGUAGUGACUUCAUAUUUGAAAAGCAGUGAAUGCUGAAUUCUUUAAAAGAAAAUACAUUGCAGACAUUUAUAA